AUUUUUCUCCUCAUAUAAAUCUUUUCUCAUUGAGUCGGCAAAAAAAAAAAAAAAAAAAAACUUAUUCCAUUUCGUGUAUUUCUGAAAAUUAGGGUUUGAGUUCAUCUUCUCUUCUCUCUUUCCCUUCGAUCAGAACAAAAAAGAUGGGUGGCGGAAACGCACAGAAGUCAGCCAUGGCUCGCGCCAAAAACUUGGAAAAGGCAAAGGCUGCUGGAAAAGGAAGCCAACUGGAAGCUAACAAGAAAGCUAUGUCGAUUCAGUGCAAGGUUUGUAUGCAAACAUUCAUCUGCACUACAUCGGAAGUGAAAUGCAGGGAGCACGCCGAGGCGAAGCAUCCCAAGGCUGAUGUUGUCACUUGCUUCCCUCACCUCAAGAAGUGAUCAAGCAAAAUUACUAUUAUCUCAACUAUAAAGGAUUCCAAUGUAAAACGUUUUGGGAUCCUCUUUCCUAUGUUUGUAUCAAAAAAAGUCUCUGAAAAUUCUAUGGUUCUGUUUUUUCUCUACUUAAAAGAUGACUUGUUUUCAACAAUAAGUUUAUUGCGAUUAUAAUUAUAUCAUAAAGCUUUGUUUAGAA